AUGUCUCCAGAGAAAUUGAAUGAGCUAAAUGAGCGUAAGAAAAAGCAUGAGAAAAAGUGUGAGGAAGAAAAAGAUCGUGAGAAGGAGUUGUAUAGUAAAGAAUGUAUUGCCCAUUGUAUCAACUUUGUUGUCGGUGAAGCAAGAGAUGAAGUCGCUGACUUGAAAAUUCAUGAUAGAUUUUCCUGUUAUUUAGCAACAAUACUUGCAAGGGACAAAGAAGUAAUUGCAGUGUGGUUGAACAUUUUAAAAGAUAACAGUGAAAUUUACCUUUCUAAGAACUUUGAUUGGCUCAACAAAGAUGUGAAGUAUAUUGAUGAUAUUACGAAUUAUCUGAAAGUUAUAUCGAAAAAUGCUCCCAUGAAAUCAGCAGAUACUGAAAAGGCUUUUAUCUGGGCUGUGAUGACAUACUGCAAUACUAAAUUUGAGUUUAGAUGGGAUAAACUUAAGAAUGAUAUUAAAAAUGGCGAUAAUGAACACGUUAAAUCUUUAAAAGAUUAUAUUUCAGCAAAUCUCGGUGAUUCAGCAAUUCCUUUCUACAUAUCCCGAGUUUGUUACGAGCAUUAUAAGCAAAUUAAAGCUAAAGUUAAUUCUAACAUCUCCCCAAAAUUUUUAGGCCAUAUUAAGAAAGUGGGAUCUUAUUAUGGGUCUAUUAAAGGUAUCAUAGCUUGUGCAAUGAAUAUACAAUAUAAACCACUAUUCUCUAACAUUAAAGUGAAUAAAGGAAGGCCUGUUAUCAUAGAUGAACAGCCCAUAUAUUCAUGGAAAAAUAUUAUCAAAAGGUUUAUUGGUAAAGACGAAGACAAAUAUAAUUGUUUCAUGGCUAAGUGUUCAAAAAAGCCUAAAGUAAUGGAAAGAAUCUGUAAAGUAUAUACUGACAAUGCCACAAAACAACUACAACUUAACAACGAUAACGUUGAAAAAUGUAUAUACUUACAUGCAGAAAUGCACAUUUUGGCCUCCUUAAUUAUCGAUAAUGACAUUAAAAAGAGGGUGUUUAUAGCAGUGUCAAAGAGAUGCUGUUACUUGUGCAAACUUUAUAUUAAUUUUGCAAUAAAACAAGGAUAUAACAUCGUCAUCUCCGGGAAACAUGAGAAAUUAUAUGAUAGAUGGAUACUUCCGCAUGUAAAGAAUAGCGACUUCAAGGAUAAAUCCCUGAUGUAUAUACUAGAAAAUCUUGAUCAAAUCAUAGAGAAAAAAAUAGAACGCUAUACCAGGAGUUUAUUGGCGGAUUCUGACAGUGGCGGAAAAAGUCCUAAUUCAUAUGAUUAUGGUAAUAAUAUAGAUAUAAAAUUUAUGGGAUAUAAGGAAGAUUUAGAUAAUGGAUGUAACAAAUUGGAUUUAAAAUUUUAA